CAAGACACAAUUCGUCUUUAAACAAACCGUCGGCGGUGCUCGAUGCAGGUCAACAUGCAAUUGUGAGAGUGAUAUGGUCGUUGGGAUACCUCGCGGUAAUAUUAUUGAAGAUCUAUGUGUGGGGGUGUUGACACUUUUUCGCAGUCUAAUUUUAUUUUGUUAAAUGUGAUCGGAUAGGACACGCAAUGAUCCCCAAAAGCACUGUAGUGGUACUAUCGUUGUUAAUAGCAUUCCCUGAUAUACUUUACGGAAUUACAACCAUUCAUCAUGACAAACCAGAAGAUUCACGAAUAUCCAAAAUGGCCACGAAGAUGACGGAAGCAGGUAGUAGCGAAGUGCCAUCAACCGUAUUCCCAGAGCGCCACAAGAGACUUCUUCCGUAUAUAAACUACUACUUAGGUCAUAAUAACGGAAAUCCUUCACGUGAAAAAUUUACGCCAUUUUUGGACAGUAACGCUUUACCAGGACCCUUUAUUCCGAUUGUUAAAACUACUCCCAAAAAUAUAGGAUAUGGACCAGAACCACCUGUCACUGAAAAAAGUCCUAACUAUGCUGAAAUUUACGAAACGUUAUCGCAACUCAAACAAUCCCAAGAUGCAAUGAGACAUAACUUUAAUCAACUCUAUAGGAAACCUCCAAUGAGCUACGUACCAAUACAUUACUACGAAGACGAUUCUUAUAGUAGUAUACCAUCACCGCAUAAAACUAUUAUCGAAACAUAUACACCAACAAAUAUAGAUAUUGAACUUGACGAUCGAAAAAAGUACCAACCAAUUACAAACAUGGAAUAUAAAAUUUAUCGCCAAAAACCACAAAUUGUAGAUUCAUACGUGGUGGAUAAGCCAGAUGAAAGCUAUGGCCAACCAACAAAACCAUAUUUUGGUGAAAAACUGAUCGUUCCCAAACCAAUUGUCGUCUAUGAACAAAAACAAGAAUAUACACAAAACGAAAAACCCGUGACCUACAUAGAAACAACACCAAAACCACAAGUCAACACGAUCAUUGAUGAAAAGUACAUUGCUCAAAAAUUUGUUCCAAUUGAAACUACUCAUGCGGAAAUUUAUCCGAAGGAACCAGUAACUGUACAAAAAUUUAUUCCUGUUGAAACCACACAAGAAGCUACAUAUCCAAACGAACCCGAACAAUAUGUCAGUGAAAGACCUGCAUAUGUUCAACAGUAUUUUUCGUCUGCGACUCCUAACGUUCCUACUGAAAAUACAAACAUUUUGGCAAAACUUUUAAAACAACUUCAAAACUCCAACACUCUGCCACAAACACUAACACCUCAAAAUAUAGACAACAGUAUUCGAACACUCGUUAAGAUUUUAAACGGCUUACGAAAACAACAAAGGCUUAAAACUAAGCCGAACGUUGUAGUAGAAGAAGAUUCUCAAGAAGAAGUACGUGAAAGUGAAGAGGUUGUUGAAAAACCGUUGGCUGAAAAAACAUUUGCUGAAAAAACGAUUUUUACUCCUGGAUCGUUUACUCAAGCUUUUCCUGCCAAUACUAUAGAUGGAGGAACACCAGGAAGACCUGGAAUUGAUUAUCCAGCAUUGUCUUCCAUACCACAAACAGAUUUCAACUGUAAGAAACAGCGAUAUAAAGGGUUCUUCGGGGAUCCGCACACAAACUGUCAAGUGUGGCAUUAUUGUGACUUAAAUGGAGGUCAAGCAUCAUUUUUGUGCCCUAACGGCACAAUAUUUAGCCAAGUAGCGCUGACUUGUGAUUGGUGGUAUAACGUAAAAUGUUCAUCAACAGCACAGCUAUACGUACUUAAUGAACGACUUUAUAAGUACAUUCUUCCCCUGGCACCUAAAUUUCCGGAAGAUUAUAGCGGUCCUCUGGUGGACAGGUACCUUGCACUCAAAUUUCAAGAAAUGGAAGAAAAAAUGAAAAAACAAAAGAAAAAGGAAGAGAAAAGCGAAGAAGAUAAGGAUGAUUCUGAUCAGUUGCAAGAUAUUCAAAAUGAGAGAGCCAAAUCUUCGGAAGAAAGUUAGAUCACCAACAAUACACGACGCCGCAGCCACGUAUCAUCUGUACUUCUGUGAUUUUUACUUAUACACAAAAAUUUAGUUUGGUUUUAUUAAUUAGGUGUCUACGGUAGUUGGGUACAUUUUUCAUCAAAUUUUUGUAUAUAAUGUUUAAAUCAGAAGAACUGAAAUUGUUGUGUCGUUGCAAUGAAUGUGCCAAUUUGGUUAAGUUACGGUCCAAAACAACACUUAAUUUUCAAACUCAGUUGUAAUAAAAAUCGCAUCUGGUUAUGUUGAAUAUUGCAAUUUUUUUUAUUAAUGCGAAAAUACUUCUGUGACAAACUAAGAUAUGCAUGCCACCAGUUAGUAGGAACAAAAUUGGCGUCAAAUUAAGUUUUUAAGUACAUAUAUCAUACACAUUAAAACAGUAUUAAGGAGGCAAUUAGUUUAAAAUUCCACUAAUUAUUUUACUGCAAUAGCUGUGUGAACUUUUUAUUAACAAAUUGGUAAUUUUUUGUUAAUUAAAAUUUACUUUACUAUGGAAAUGAUUUAAGCGGCAUAGAUAUAAUGCAAACCAUUAUGUUGUUAAUUAAGUUUAACUUGCGUAAAGUUGGUUAAGCUGCCAUAGGUAGUAUAGAAGAUAAAUUUUAAUAGUAUUAAUUUAUUGUUAAAUGAGGAGGUUGUUGAUUAUUUCUAGUCAUUCAUCACAACUUAUCCCCAGUAUUGGGAAUUAUUUAUUUAAGAGAAAAGUAUUUUUGAAGAAACGUUAAAGCAAUGUAUAGAUUUAUUUUUAUAAUUCCCUAGUGUUAAAUGUAUCUGCCUAGGCAAUAUACCUAUUUGUUAUUACUAUAUCGCUGAACACACGUUAUUUCUGGUGUUUAAUAAAAUGUUUAUUUCAUUA